AUGCAAGCUAAGUCUGGUUUAAGUCGUUCAGAGUGUUGUACGGUAUGGGCUUUGCUUCUUCAAGCCAUCGUAUUUGGCCUGACCAAAUCCAGUUUCGAAACAAAACUGGUUCUGAAAUCCAAAAGUAAUUGCAGAAAUAACAGUUAUAAACCAGCGGCUAUUAACGUUAUAGGAGAGGUUGCUAGAGAGGAUGAGCUUUUAAAAAGGAUGAAAGUUACACCACCGUCAACAUGA